GCCUCUCUACCGUUCUCCUAUUUUUUAGUUCGUGGGUAGAACUUUUGUAAAGAAAAGGGACAUGAUAUAGCUCAGACUAUUAUCAGCUAUCAUUAAUGUUGUGUUAAAAAAUUUAAAUCCAGGAAUGAUGGGUUCCUUACAAUUGAUCACGCAAGUUGGUAAAAUCGCUCCAAAAGUUGUAAGAAUUAUUCCAAGUGGGAUUACUACAUGUAUAAAUCGUAAUAAAUAUUAUUACGUAAAUGAAGAAAAGGAUAAAACCUGGUCUGACAUUGUAGAAACUGCAAGCACACAUAUGUUUAUGCUUGAAAUUAUGCGAGGAGUAGGGAUUGCUGUAUCUCAUAUAUUUAGAGAACCAGCGACAAUAAACUAUCCUUUUGAAAAAGGACCUCUGAGCCCAAGAUUUAGAGGAGAACAUGCAUUAAGAAGAUAUCCUUCUGGAGAAGAAAGAUGUAUUGCUUGUAAAUUAUGCGAAGCAAUAUGUCCUGCACAAGCUAUUACAAUUGAAGCAGAAGAAAGAGUAGAUGGAUCUCGACGUACUACAAGAUAUGAUAUUGAUAUGUCUAAAUGUAUUUAUUGUGGUUUUUGUCAAGAAGCUUGUCCUGUUGAUGCUAUUGUCGAGGGCCCAAACUUCGAAUUUUCAACUGAAACUCAUGAAGAAAUGUUAUAUAAUAAAGAAAAGCUCUUGAAUAAUGGAGAUAAAUGGGAAUCUGAAAUUGCUAGUAACAUUCAUGCUGAUCAUUUAUAUCGAUAAAAACUGUAUUACGUUGUAGUCACAAUUAAUGUUCCACAGAAGUAGGUAUUAUAUUAAAGAAGGUGUUUCAUUCUUGUUGCUAAUCAUGUAUGAAUAUAAUAAAAUUGUAGAAAUAUUACAAAUAAA